UCUCAGUGUGAAGGCAGGCGCUUCUGCUGCUCGACCGAGGGCUGCUGCUGCUGCAACAAACACACCGACUGCUCUCGGAAGGCCGGUUCAUUGUGCUGGAGGCGCAGGAAAAGCGGCGUUAAUCAGCCCAGGAGGCGUCUUUGUCUGCUUGCAGGGAGCAUGCACAGGGCCCGGCACCGCUGAGCCGCGCGCGUCCCUCGGUCUGGUGUGCGGCGGCCAGCACCAUGUGGGUGGCCCCUUUUUUCGCCGUCCUCCUCGCGCACUCCGCCUCUGCCAUUACUGCCUCGUUUUUCGGCAGCAGCUACAUUUCGGUGCCUCUGCAGGACUCGCGCAGCACCACCGAGCUGGUGCUCCGCUUCAGGACCAAGCGACCGGACGCCCUACUCUUCUUAGCCGCGGGACGAACCGACUACUUCCUCGUCCGGCUCGAGUCUGGAAGAUUAAAGGUGCACGUGAACUUGGGAGCCGGCGAGUCGGAAAUUAAGUUGGCGAAGGGGCUGCGGCUCGAUGAUUUGUCGUGGCACGAGGUGUUCAUAACAAGAAAAGACGCCGACAUGACCGUCCAGGUGGAUAUGAUCCACGUGACCAGGGAGGAGCUGCCAGGCCGCUUCUACGAGCUAAACAUCCACUACGGGCUGUUCGUCGGCGGCCAGGGCGACUUCUCAGAGCUCUUCCUCGGCCACCUGGACAACUUGCGCGGCUGCAUGGCCGACGUGCAGUAUAACGACAUCAACGUGCUGGCGAGGGCGCGCGAACGCGUCGGCAAUGUCGACGUGCACGGCGUCACGUGGUCGUGCGCUGAAGAGUUCAACGCGGGCCACGAGCGCGACAUCAGCUUCGUCGAGGAGGGUGCAUUCGUCGCGCUGCCCAACUCCAUCACGCGAACGGGCGCCAGGUGGCAGUUUGAUCUAAAGACCGGCUCGAAGCGGGGCAUCAUUCUGUACAACACGGGCCUCACCUCGCGCUCCGAUUACAUGGGCGUCGAGCUGGAGGGCGGAAAAUUGCGCCUGCUGCUGGACAAAGGCGACGGCCCGGCCGAGCUGCGCAGCGACUCGAGCGUCUCUGAUGGCAGGUGGCACCGCGUGGUCAUCCACUUCAACCCCACUUACUUGGAGAUCAGCGUCGACGGCAAGACGGCGUCGAUGCGGCUCAGCCUCAGCGGCAAGCAGUACUUGGAUCUCGGGGACAGCGUCUACUUGGGCGGCGUGGAAAUCAACAAAAGAGCCCGCGCGCUCGCUCAGAGCUUCAGGGCGGCCGAGGAGAGUCUCAAGGGAUGCAUGAGGAACAUCGAGAUUGAUGGCAAAAAGAUCGGCAUCCCAGAGGCGAAGGUAACGCUGGGCAUCCUGCCCGACUGUGUUUGGGACUUCCCGUGCGCCAAGGAAGAGCCGUGCGUGCCGGGCGCCCGCUGCUAUCAGCACGGCGUGGACUCGUUUCGCUGCGAGUGCGAGCAGCCGUUGUGCGUCAAGCCGGACUACGUGUCUGGAUACAAAAUUUUCACCAAAGGCUCGCUUCCCGUUGACCUGGAAAUCGUGUCGCUCAACACUUUGAGCGUCAACGAGGGAGAGCACGCCCUGCUCACCCCUGCCAAUCUCGACGUGGUGCUCGAUUACCCUAAGUUCGGGGUACGCGAUUCGGGCGUUAUCUUCCGAGUUGUGGUCGAGCCCAAGCAUGGCUCGGUGCAAGUCGAGCAGACCCGCCCCAGAGGCGAGACGCAGGUUUUCACCCUCUUGGACUUGAGCAAGGACAAGGUGCGAUACGUGCACGACGGCAACGAAAACCACCUCGAUCUGAUCGAGCUCGAGCUGGAGUUAAACCCCGGCGCGGGCUACACGCUGCCCGGCUAUUUGCAAGGCAGACACAGAUUUGUUCUGCCCGUUAACAUCACUGCUGUCAACGACCGGCCCGUGCUGGCCAUUCCAUCAGGCAAAGUGCUGAAACUGGCGCAGGAAACAAAAAAGGUGAUCCCGUCCGACUUGCUGCAAGCCGUAGACCCAGACACGCCGAGCGCAGAGCUUGUGUACACAGUGGUCAAUAUAAAUAGCCAAUCUCACAUCGAACUGAAGCGCAGCCCGGGCCAAGCGAUCGUCAAUUUUUCACAAAAGGACGUGGACGAGGGCAAUGUUUUGUUUGUACACACUGGCGACGCAGGCUCCUGUCGCGUCGCUCUCCAGGUCUCUGAUGGCAUUUUAACCAGCCCGGUUGCCGUCCUCAGCGUUGUUGCGUUCGCCCUGCAACUUCGACUUGUCAACAAUACAGGUUUGGUGAUGACGCACAACUCGUCAACAUUGAUCAUGCCGAAAAACCUCGCCUUCGUAACGAACGCCGACGACCCCGAGUCAAUCGAGAUCAAAUUUGAGAUUGUAACGGCCCCCCAGUUUGGUGUGCUCAAGCGUCUGCGAAACGGCGAGUGGCAAGCGGUUCAGCACUUUACCAGCUCGCAGUUAGCACGGGAGCAAAUCAGAUACCAGCACACGUCGGCCAACCCUACGCACGACGAAUUUAAGUUUCGGGCAUCUGCUGGAAACACAAAGAGCUCAACCACCUAUGACUUCCGAAUUAUCUUUGUCGAGUUGCGCCUUGACUGCGUGCAUAUUGAGGAAAUCACUCUCGAUGGGGUGCAAGAAGGCACCAUCCGGUCAACCCACUUGCUCUACGACACCGUGCCAAAGUCCUCCCGCAGCGAGGACCUCGUAUAUCACGUUGUUCACACAACUAAAUUUGGCCACCUCAUUCUCAGUGAAAAUAAUUCUGAAGUGUAUAUUCAGGACAAAGGCACCUUCACUCAGCAAGACAUCAAUAAUGAAAAGAUAAGAUAUGCUUUGAAGCGAAGAGCUUACUCUCGCAUCCACGACGAAUUUUCCUUCCGCAUUGCUUCAAAAUCCGUUAACGACGGCGAGCCGCGUUCAGACUUAGACGUUUUCUCGCUCGUCCACAUCCCAGGUCCGACAUCGGAUCCGCUGAGGGUGACCCUGGAGCCUCUGGAGGUUGAAGAGGGCGGCCAGGUGAUCAUCUCUUUGAGCCAUCUGAACCUGGCUAUGGUGCGCAUCUCGUUCAUGUCCUACAAUUUGACGCGAGUACCGCGCCACGGGCGAAUUGACGUGCUGAAGAACGCGAGUUCGGUUCUGAGCCGCCGCAACGCGACGCAUUUCGACUCGCGCGAGCUCGCCGCCGAGCGGGUCAUCUACACCCACGACGACUCUGAGACGAGGAAGGACUCGUUUCAUUUUAUAGCCUACGCACCCGACUUCCAGUAUUUGGGGACCAUGCACUUUAAUAUAGUGUUGAAGAACGACAAUAAACCCAUGCGGACGAUCGACCGGGUGUUCAGGGUGGUGAAGGGAGGAGAGCGGCUUCUCACCGGAAAUGAUUUGCGCUAUGAGGAUUUGGAUAUUGACACAAAGCCGGAAGAUAUUUUUUACCAGCGCAGGGGAAUACCGCACGGCGGCCUUUAUUCGGUCGCGGAGCCGAAAUCACCAGUCUAUCAAUUUACCCAGGCCGAUUUGGAUGCAGGCCGAAUUCUUUUUCGUCACGACGGCAGCGAGGAGUAUGGCAAAGUCACGCUGCACAUAAACGAUGGCGACUCUGACACUGUUGGCGAGCUGGAAUUUCGUGCCUCGGCGCCGUUUAUUGAGAUUGCAAACAAUAGCGGUCUGGUGGUUCAGAAAGCGGUGGCUGUUCCUUUAAAUGCGGCGAACUUGAGCGUCGAGACGAACGUGAAUGCUAAACUUGAGGACAUCAAAUACACCGUGCAGGAGUCGCCUAGCCACGGCCUGCUCGAGGUCGACGGAGAGGAGUCCAAGACCUUCACCCAGCUCAACAUUGAGCAGGGAAACGUCGUCUACAAGCACGACGGUGGCAAAGCGCUAAAGGAUCAUUUCAGAUUCAGGGUGGAGGCAAAAGAACAGGCUUACGCGGAGGGCAGGUUCGAGUUCAAGAUUUAUCCGGCUGUCUACUGGGAGCCUCUCGUUUUUUCCGCAAACAAAACUCUGCACGUGGAGGAGUCAACAAGUGUUGUACUGGGAUCAUCUGUCUUAAAGGUCGAGCAUAAUCAAAUACCCGCCUCAGAUGUCACGUUCAUAAUAACUGAGCAGCCGAAAUUUGGUUACCUGGAGGUUGAACCAUUAAGCAUUACGCCAUCCAGCCUGUCGACGGAAGAAUCGAUUUUCUCAACUCAAAAUGCCAACGUCGAAAUUAAUAUAUUUGAUCAGACGCUGAUCGACUCGGGAAGACUGCACUAUGUUCAGGCGUCGUCAAAUGCCACGCAAGAUCGCAUCGUGCUCGACGUGACCAAUGGAAUUUGGUCGACGCAGGGACUGUGGCUCAGAAUUGUGGUUGUGCCAAAACACAUUUACGUUCAAGGCAGUGAGCUGAGUGUCGUCGAAGGAGGAAUUGUAGCCUUGUCCAAAUCAAACAUUGCCAUUCUUACUGAUUACUAUGUUAACAAAAUUAAUGAAUUCAAAGUAACGAAACUGCCUAAAGCUGGUCAACUCGUGUUAGCGAAGGAAGGAGGAAAAUCGAUGAAUGUUAAAAAAUUUAGUAGCAAGCAGCUUGAAUCGGGACAAAUUUUGUAUCAACACAACGGAUCUGAAAAGCUGGAUGACCAAUUUACUGUGGUCGCUCGAGCUGCUGGAACCGACAAAGACUCUUUACCCGCCAUAAUCAAACUCACUGUGCAGCCAUUGGACGAUGAAAAACCAAAACUUGUUAACAACACCGGGCUUGAGCUCUAUGAAGGCGCGAUUGUUGCCAUCAGACACGAACAACUGGGUGCUGUGGACGUCGACUCUCCCGUCGAGAAUAUCACAUUUGUGGUUUCAGCUCCGCGAGGUGGAUUUCUCUCCUUGCGCCAUGCACCAAGGAACCCCAUUGAGCGGUUUUCGCAAGCGCAACUUCUGGCUAAGCACGUUCUCUUCGUGCACACGGGAGGAGUCGAGAACAUCGGCUUCCAAGUGUCCCUGACCGACGGCAUCAACGCUGACCCCGAGCACUACUCGGUCAAUGUGACUGUGAGGAAGCUCUCCCUGACACUGGUUCACAACGAACGUCUGCACGUCUUCCCAAUGAUGCGCCAGUCGAUCAACCCGAAGCACCUCCUCGCUCACACAUCAGAUCCGAAUCCCUCGCCCCGCCAUAUCACUUACACAAUCAAAUCUCCGCCCGCCCUCGGAAAAAUAAUCGUCGAGACGUCAAAAGGGUUGUCCAAGGAGGCGACGUCUUUCUCGCAGCGAGAUGUCAACGAAAGCAAAGUUUGGUAUGAGCACACCAAAGCCUUCACCGAGCUUGCUGCAAACGACUCCUUCGUGUUUGACGUGUCGACCGAUUUCGCAGACCAUCUCUCUGCCCAGCUCUUCAACAUCGAUAUAUCAGUUUCUUCAAUGACUUCCGAAGGGCUGAAGAGGUUCCUCAACCUGGAGCCGAUCGUCGUUGACGAGGGCGGCGCGUCUUCCAUCAAGAUCAACAUGACUGGUGUCGCUCAGUUCCUCAAAUCGCACAGCGGCGCGUGGAAAAACGCUCCGAGUGUGAUGAUGCUCAUGACAGGUGCCCCAGCCAACGGUGAGGUGCUUGUCCAGGGUGGUCUUGUUGCAGACGUGGGUACCAUGUUCACGCAGCAGCAGUUGGACACGCACCACGUGAUCUACCAGCACGACCACUCGGACACAGAGACUGAUGAAAUUUUGUUUUCCCUGGUUUUGCAAACUCAAGACAAAGAAAGGGACGCGAUUCUGUUGUACAACGGCACCAUACCCAUAAAUAUCCGACCAAUCAACGACCAGCCCUUCUCCCUGCGCACCAACUCGCCCAACAUGACCGUAGUGCAGGGCCAGCGAAAGCAGCUCUCCACGGAAGAUCUCUUCACGGUCGACCCCGACACCUCUGCCAAGGAAAUUAUCUACGACAUUAUCAACGAGCCGAAGCAGGGCCGGCUGCUGAUGGUGUACAAAGAGGACCGGAACGGAUCCAUCGCCGAGCACACGCAAAAAGCCGGCAAGUUUUCUCAGGAUGACAUCAACCACGGCCACAUCUUCUACGAGCACUCUGGACCCUUACAGCCGACCAGUUUCUACUUCCGCGUGUCGGACGGUCACUUCAACCCGAUCUACACCGUCUUUAACAUCCACGUCCUGCCCCUGAACCUGUCGGUGAAAUCCGACCACCCCAUCGCUGUUCAGCAAGGCUCAAGCGAGUCUUUCAUCACUUCAGACAAUAUUGACGCCCUGACCAACGGCAACCGGGUGCACGUUCGGUACAACGUGAGCUCGAAGCCGCGCCACGGCAACCUCUACCUCAGGGACGCGAUCGUCGGCUCGUUCGGCCAGUCGGACGUUGACACGCGCCGCAUAAUUUAUGUACAGACCGAUAUGACGACCUCUAGCGACCAGUUUGAGCUGACAGCGUGGUUCCCCGGCACGGACGUGCAGUCGGUGGCGUGCCGCAUCAACGUGACCGUGGAGCCGCUGCUAGUGCGCUCGCGAAACGUGAACGCGGUGGCUGGCGCCAAGAACAGGCUCGGCCUCGACGUGAUCGACGCGACGCCGCUGGCCGUGCUGACCAACAGCAACCCCGUGUACGAAAUAGCCAAGAAGCCAAGGCACGGCCGCAUCAAGAAGAUCAUCCGCGUGUCCGGGCACGGCGGGCAGGGAAGCACCGAGCGCGAGAAGGACGUGCAGCGCUUCAGCCACGAGGAGGUCAAGAGCGGCGUCAUCUACUACGUAGCCAAGAAGCUGGGCGUCGAGCAGCACGGCGUCGACGACUUGCUGGUGCUCGUGCUGGCCGCCUCCAUCUUCCAGCCGGCCGUGGUGGAGCUGCGGCUGCAAGUGCGGCACGACCGCGGCGAGCACUCGGGCUCAAACGUGCACUCGUCGGUGAGUCCACCGCGCCGCGGCGGCACCAGCCUCAACAGCAACAAGGACCUGGGCAACGUGGUCAGCCCUAACAUCCACCCCGACUACCUGCUGCUGUUCAUCGUCAUCUUCGGCAUCAUCUCGCUGUCGGUGCUGAUAAUCGUGCUGGUGCAGUGCCGAAACCGGCGGCGCCGCUGCACCGACCACGCCGGCGGCGUCGCCAAGGGCAAGCAGGAGUACGCGUUUGGCUCGAACGGCGGCGCCUCCGAGCUGAUCGACGCGGCGCCGACGCUGCCGCGGCCGCCGGACAACAUGCUGCCGCUGUCGCCGCGGCCCAACCGCAGCAACCGCUUCAUCAACGGCUCCAUCCACUACAGUGACAGCAGCGACAGCUGGCGCGCCGUCUCGCCAAUCCCGGUGUCCAUCCCGCAGUGCAAGGUGAUCCCGCUGGACGGCACCAUCAUCCUCAACGAGCCGACCCUGCCCGCGUCCGACUCGGACGUCGAAAUCAACGUGAGGUACCCGUACGGAGUGGCCGACGAGCCCAAGAGCAACACAGAAGACUGGAGUAGUUACGACACUCACCUAGAAUUGCCAAAUCCCAAGGCGAGCAGCAACCUGAUGCUGCGCAGGAACCAGUACUGGGUUUAAGUACGUAAGAUUUUAGGGCGGCCGCGGGCGCGAAAAUUAAGGUCCGACGUACGCGGGGACGCGGGCGAGACGCGCACACUGGCAAAUUUAUCGCACGCUCCGCCACUUCGAACCACUCCUUUGAAUGUGAUUUAUGCUAUUUUUGUAUGAAACUAUGUGGUGUGCCAGCAGCGAGUAAGCGAGUAUAGGUUGUAAGAAAUUGAUUUUCUACGUUCGUAGCUGACAAAAGUAAUAGAGGCACACAGAGAUGGAUGUAGAGCUCUGCCGGUGUAUCGAUAGCAUUUCGUUUACAAAACAUAAUAUAUGCUUUUUGCUCAAGUUUUUGACAGUUUCAAAUUUAUCAAGUCUGCUGCAUGUUUUUUACAUAUAACUUGCUUGUUGUAAGUUUGUAAAAGUUUUCAAAAUAUUUUCAAAAUGUGAAUUGUUAUGUGAAUCAAAAAUCGAAAUACUAUUGUAAGUAUUGCAAAAAGAUAAAAUGUAUAUUAGUAUGUUGAAAGCUCAGUCAUUUUGGCUCUCUCGUCAAAACUCAAGUCAAAAGUAAAUAAAUCUCAACGCUUUUCAUGGCGAAAGUUUAUGAUUCUCGUUUAGAAUGGAACUACAUAAAAAGAUGUGUAUGCAUAUUGAAGUGCAGAAUAAAUUUUUCAAUAUAACACA